AGAAAACAAGCGAAGGCGGGCUAGUACUCGACGCCGUCGCCUGACCGUUCUUCAAUCCUACUUUUACAUUUCGGCUCAGUUUCAGUCCGAUCGCCCUGAAGUACGGAUGAACAGCGCACGAAGCGCUCUUACACGUGUGAUAAGCGAGAACGAUCAGGCUGCGUAUCUGCCCAACCUCGAACAUGACCCACGUAGAUUUUUGACAUUCGCGAGUGACAGAACUUCGUUUGGCGGGCCCUUCAAAAAUUUAGUGAAAGUGUCCAUCAGUUUCGUCAACAGCCGACUGCGAUGAUUAUAUCAAAAGAUCUGUUUCUGCUGGGGGACCAAGACUACUUGAGACUCCCUAACAAGGACGAGAAGAGACAGACGAAUAUGCCAAGAUCGAUUCCCAGACAAAGGUAUGGAUUUUUCUAAAUAUUGGACGAUCCUGACAACUAAACUCUUGACUAUGAAACUUCUCAAGAAUGCACCAGCUGACACGACAGUACAUUUUCCCUGUCUAAUCACCGAGAAUCGUCCUCUACCAGUUCACUUAGCCUUCAGAGGCAUAAGCUAUGCUUCCGCUGGUCGUAAGAUCCUCCACGAUAUCGAUGGUUUGGUCAGACCCGGCCAGAUCCUCGCUGUCAUGGGACCUUCAGGAUGUGGCAAAACCACCCUGCUCAACUGUCUUAGCGGACGUCAGAAACUUGACUCCGGACAGAUCACACUCAACAGGGAUCCUAUGUGCAAAAGAUGGAAGAGGAAGAUCUGCUACGUCCUCCAACAAGACAUCUUCUUCACUGAUCUCACCCUUAGACAGACUCUGGAGUAUACCGCAAGGCUUAGGUUACCUGAUACCUUGAAUUAUACGCAGAAGAUGCAGUAUGUGGACCAUAUAAUAGACGUGCUAGAGCUGCAGCAUUGUCAAGAUACCAUUAUUGGAGACUACAUGAAGAGGGGACUGAGUGGUGGAGAGAAGAAGAGGGCUAAUAUUGCCUGUGAACUGUUAACCAAUCCAUCACUCAUGCUUCUUGACGAACCUACCUCUGGAUUAGAUUCCCAUGCAGCUCAUAGUUUAAUACAGACCUUAAAAAAAUACGCGGUGAACGAAGGAAAAACAGUUGUGUUAACCCUACACCAGCCUUCUUCUCAGAUAUUUCAUUUAUGUGAUAAACUUCUUCUUUUAUGUAACGGACAAACCGCAUACUUCGGUGAUACUUCCAAAGUAGUGGAUUUCUUUAGUAGUAUUGGGAUGCAAAUUAUGCCACACUAUAAUCCUGCAGAUUUUAUAUUGGAACAAGUAAAAGGAUCUUCCGAGACGAUACAAAGGAUUACAAGCGCAGCAAGAGAAUUAAGGAAUAACAGUGAUUAUCCUUCGGAACUACGCUGUCAUAACUGCUCUUAUGUCAACGAGAAAUUGAAUAAUCACAACAAUACGUUAAUACCAACUGGAACCUAUCCUGCCCUUGAACAAGAAACUAUAAAUUCAAUGGAACCAGAUGUCAGAAGAUUAUGGCUGGACACGCACUCUCACGCAUCCUCCUCAGCAAGUUCCGAAACCAGUGAUUCCGAUUGUUAUUUCGCCUGGCCAACUAGUUUUUGGACGCAACUCAAGGUCUUAGUAGAAAGAAACUUCCAUGAAGCCAGGCCUAGAAUGCUCUCAAAACUGAACUGGUUGCAAACGAUAGGCUUAGGUAUUAUGGCAGGAGCACUUUGGUAUGACUUGAAGAGAGAUGAAGAGCAUCUGCACGAUAUUCAGGGAUGGAUGUUCUUCUCAACGACCUACUGGAUGCUUUUUGCGCUUUUUGGAGCACUUAGUUCAUUUCCUCCAGAACGGGACGUCGUCAAUAAAGAAAGAAGAUCUGGCGCUUACAGAUUAUCAGCAUACUACCUCGCCAAGAUGAUUGGAGAGUUACCAUUAACCAUAACAUUACCAACAUUAUAUCAUUUUAUAUCUUAUCCCAUGUUGGGUUUCCAGUCGUACUAUGUGAUGUUCACCCUGCUGGCGUUUCUGCUGCUCAACACGAUAGUAGCUCAAAGUGUGGGAUUCUUCAUUGGUGCAUGUUGUAUGGACAUGCAGGUCAGCAUUACAGUCAGCGCACUCUACACGUUGGCAACUCAACUCUUUGGUGGAUAUUUAGCAACCAACAUACCACCAGCAUUGUCGUGGAUGAGAUACUUCUCUAUGGUCCAUUACGCUUAUCAGAAUAUGCAGAUCAUCGAAUUUGGUGAAGGGACGCCGAUAAAAUGUGGCAACCACUCCAAAUAUCCUAUAUGUGAGGUUUCCGAUCACAUACCAGUAUCUGUCAUAUUGGAGGCUCAGGGAAUAUAUUUAUCAUUAAUGGCAAACAUCAUUCUUUUAUUCAUGUUCUUACUCACUUUCCGGAGUUUAGGAUAUUCAGUUUUGCGCUUCGUCCAUAACCCUAAGUGAUCCUAAAAAACUUUUCUGAACCGAUGCAUCUAGAAAAUGUGAUAAUAUACCUUAGUAUAAUCAAAUGAAUCAUCCCUGAAUUAUCGAUUGAUUUCCUCUAAUCGAUGUCAUUUUUAAAUAUUCGAGCUCCUCCAAUUUAUAGAAUUUUAACUGACGUUGUUCAUCAACUAGGAAAAUUGUUGGUAAUUUUAAUUAGGCCGAAAUCCUAUGAGAACGUUGUUUUUACUUCACAAUAAUAUUAAUAUUAAUAAUUGACAGUUUUGACUGCUGUAAAUUUAUUUUACAAAUAGGCUGUGCUUACAUUUAUAAUAAUAAUACUAUAACUCAAUUCACGUAUCUUUCGUUUUAAGAUAAGGUUAUACUAUGUAAUCAUUCAUUCCAACUUGUAUCGUUUUUGUUUCAAAGAAUUUUACCUGUUAGUGUUUAGGUGUUCACGACUUUUGAAACGAAAGGCCAUUUCAAAUUUCACUCCAAAGACAGACAGAUAGAUGCGUUUGGAUAAAAUGUGUACACCAUGUACAUUAACAUGAUGAAAACAUCGAAAUAUAUUUUUUUUUCGAGAGAGAGGAGAGUUUUUUAGGAUUGUGCCUUGGUUUUUAUGAACUAAUGUGCCAAUGAUCUACAACCAGCUACGGUAACUGCCCUUAACCGAUUUGUAUUAUAGAAGGAAAUUUAUAGGGAGCUCAGUAUGAAAAUGUUUCGAUAUGUGGACAGUACUGAGCUCCUCGACUUUAUAAAAAUUUUUAUCCGAGUUUAUAUUGGAUACUCGUAAAUUUGGUAUGUAAGAGAUAUGCUAAGUAAAGGUUACUUCAUGUUAAAUGGAGGAAAUUUAUGAAAUAGCGCGGCACUGCAUCGAUAUGAAUUUUUUUUUAGAAUCAUAUUUUUGUGAUCCUGAUAUGGAUGUAUUAGUUCCUGGCUGCAAAAUUGAAAAAAAAAGAGAUUUUACGACUCUAACUAACCAACUGGCACAUAUGAACUUUCAACUGAUAAGACUGUUUUUCCACAAUCAUCAUUUCAUAAAUUUCCAAAUACUCAUACAUAAUCGAUUAUUCUUAUUGUAUAUUUUUAUUAUUAUUGUAAUUUUAACUUAGGGACAUCACUGAAAUAAAGAGUAGAUUAAAGAGAAAAUUCUAUAUUAUUGUUUAUUUUUAUUUAAUGUAAAUUAGAAACCUAAAAUAUUAACCAUAACCACGUUUGUUGAUUACCAAUCAAGUGUUCAUGCACUCAGUCAAAGUUGCCCAGGGUUCAAGUCUUUUCUGAAAAAUCACCAAACUAAUGUAAGGUUGUACAAAAGUUAUAUUUAUACUGUUUCGUUUUUUUCUCGGAGGACUUGGGGCUGUAAUAUAACCAUAUAAAUAAUUAUUUUAUUCAUUGAAUCUGCUUUUUUUUUAUUUAUAUUACUUGUAAAUAAAUUUUAAUCUUGACCAAACUGAAAUUUGAUUUUUUUUUCUUUUGCAUAUCUCUGUUUACAAGCCUGCGACACUUGUUCGUUUGUUGAGAAGUUAUGCACUUGGAUGUGGACAUUUAAAGUUUUGGUGUUGCAUAUUUUGAAUAUUUAGGUGAUGAUAUAUUGGUCGAUGUGCUGAUUCAAAUUAAUUUGGAGAUAAAAUAUAUCCAUUUUCAGCUAAUCAAAAAAAUUUGAAUAGACAAUAAUUUAUUACUUUGCUGGAUUUGGUCAUAUAAAAAUUCAUUAUGUUAAUGAAAGUUUCUUUCUGUUGUAAUAAUAUUUGAGAAUAUUCGCUUGUGCUUACUCCGAACAGUUUAUGCUAGUCCAAAAUAUUCGAUAUAUGUUGUGAGAUUUACAUAUUCUGAUGGAGCACCAAUGUGAGAAGUGUUUGACAAAAAUAUUCGUAUUUUGUGAGCGGAUUUCACUGCUAGUAUUCAAAAGACAGGAUGUAAAGGACGAAUUGAUUAUGUAUAACCCUAGAUUAGCGUUUGAGAUGUAUUUCUUGACUGUUAAAACCAACAACUACUGGGUAAAAAAAAUGCUGCCAAAAGUGAUUAAAUAGAUAAAUUGAAUUUUUGAGAUUUGAUAUCAAAAUAUUUAUCAUAUCACCUUAUUGUGUAUGCUCUGUUUCGUAAUAUUUAUCAAAUGCAUCUUUUAAUACUUCCAUUUAUAUGUAUGAUAUGUACAAAACAUGAAACUCAUGUAGAAUAUUCUAUGUUAUAGCUACUCCUGGUCAAUGCCAGGAAAUAUCUAUCAAUAUAUUGAUUCUUUAAUAUUA